UUGAUGACGUUCCCCCAAAAGAAUCAUCGCUUUGCCACGUCGGUCUCUGUUGGGCACUAGCUUGUGCCUGUUGUAUUGCUAACAGAAGUUUGGAACCGUAUGUUUGUUUUUCGAGCAAAACCGAUAUAAUACCGUUGUUUGUGUUAUAAAUAGCGCACGGCUUAUCCGUUAAAGCCUUGGAAUAUAUUCCCUUUUCAUACUAAAGAAAUGUUCGCUACUGUCUCGGCUCGCCAACCCACAAUUGACUGAUGCAUCCGUGUCCACACCAUCCGCUUUUUGUCGAUGUUGGCCUGGCUGCGUUGGGCCGGGCUGUGAGGCGGGGUUGGCGGUGGUCUCUGGUUGGUGGAGAGGCAGGGGGAGGAGCCUGCGUUGGGGCCGAGGAGGCGGUGCCUGGCCAUGCCCGGGGGCCGGAGAGGGCCGAGUAGACAGCAGCUGAGCCGCUCUGCUCUGCCCUCCCUACAGACUCUGGUGGGGGGCAGCCUUGGCAACAGCAACGGACUCAGGAACAGAAGCAGCAACUGUGUGGGUCUCUCGGCCCCGCCCCUCUCUGCCCUAAUCACGCCGGAACCCGUCCGUCACUCCCGGAUCCCUGACCUCCCAUUGGACAGCAGCCUGCUUUUUGAGUUCCUGCUCUUCCUGUAUCUGCUGGUGGCGCUGUUUGUUCAGUACAUGAACAUCUACAGGACUGUGUGGUGGUACCCCUACAGCCACCCUGCCGCAUCCACGUCUCUGAACUUCCAUCUGAUGGACUACCACCUUGCUAUCUUCAUCACAGUGAUGUUGGCCAGGAGGCUGGUUUGGACCAUAGUGUCAGAGGCAUCUCAGACCAGUCCUGGUUCGCUGGUGCGGUAUGUGGUUCUGAUCGCGGCCCGACUCAGCCUGCUGACUCUGUGUGGUUGGGUCCUCUGUUGGACCCUGGUCAACCUGUUCAAGAACAACUCUGUCCUGAACCUGCUUUUCCUUGGAUAUCCGUUUGGGGUGUAUGUUCCUCUGUGUUGCUUCCACCAGGAGGGCAGGUCCCAGCCGGUGCCUUCAGACUGUGGUUACUCAGACCAGGACAUGUCAGAUGGCCCCUUCUUCAGGCCUAAAGACUUCCUAGCCCUGCUCAAAGAGAACCUGAGAGAGCAGUUCUCCAGCCCUGGACAUAUCCCCCAUCACACCUGCCCCCAGCCCCCAUCCCCAGAACUCAUCCGCAGUGAGGUGGAGGAACUCAAGAGCGACUUCAACCGACGCAUCAAGGAAGUUCUCUUCAACUCCUUGUUCAGCGCUUACUACGUAGCCUUCCUGCCUCUCUGCUUUGUCAAGAGCACCCAGUACUAUGACAUGCGCUGGUCAUGUGAGCACCUGAUCAUGGUGUGGAUCAAUGCGUUUGUGAUGCUGAUGAGUCAGCUGCUGCCCCCCAGCUACUGUGACCUGCUCCACCGCUCCGCAGCCCACCUGGGACGCUGGCAGAAACUAGAGCACGGCUCCUACAGCAACGCCCCGCAGCAUGUGUGGUCGGAGAACACCAUCUGGCCCCAGGGGGUUCUGGUGCGUCAUAGCCGCAGCCUGUACAAGGCCGUCGGGCCCUACAAUGUGGCUCUGCCCUCAGAUGUCUCCCACGCAAGGUUUUAUUUCCUGUUCCACAAGCCUUUGCGGAUCCUCAACCUGCUGAUUUGGAUUGAGUCUAGCGUGGUUCUGUACCAGCUCUACUCCCUGCUGCGCUCUGAGCGCUGGAACCACACCCUGUCCCUGGGGCUCAUCCUCUUCUGCAACUACUACGUCCUCUUCAAGCUGCUCCGGGACCGCAUUGUGCUGGGCAAGGCCUACGCCUACCCUGUUAGCGCUAGCACAGGCUCAAACACCACCAGCAAUGGCCUGGGGCUCAAGUCCCAGUGACUCCCCAGAUAAGGGGGCUCUGGAGUUGGGCGGACGGUGGUUUGGAUUCUCCUUAAACUCCCUGGAACUAUGGCUGGCAGGGGUGGAGUUGAGAGGGACAGGAAGGGAAAGGGAGUGGACGGUCUGGCGGGAGAGGAGUGAACUCAUUGUUUUGAUACGGUUCUAUUUUUCAUGCAAUGUUUAUACCUAUUUAAAGAAUAUUUUAUUUUGUAUACUGUUUCAGAAAGUAACACGAGGCAUUACGGUAGUAUUGUCAUGUGAUGUUUGUUGUUGCCUCGUGGUGCAAAGCGAUUGGAUGGGCAAGUGAUGCUUAUUAUGCCAUUAAGCCAAGCCCAUGAAAUGUGCUAAGCUCCUUCUCCAGUGCACACUGCGUUCAGACUUCCACCAAAGAUGCUCAACGACGGUAGAUUACUUCAAAGCCAAUCAGAGGGUUAAACUCAGCUCGAUCGGCCAAUCAAGGAAGCAGUUUUGGCUCAGUCAGCCAAUCACAGAAGAGACUGAGGCAAAAAGCCUGCCUCUCUGCCCACUGCCUCUAUAGAGAAUGCUGUAUUCAUCCUCAUUUGUUACUGUAUUUUUUAAUUAUAAACAGACUGCAGGGUUGCCAUGAGCACAGACUCUGGAGCCUGUAGAAAAUGGCCAUGUCCCAAAUAAACACCCAAUUCUCAACAUAGUACACUACUUAAGAUCAGAGUUCUUUGUUCCCUGUUCUAGAGUAGUACACUAUAUAGGUAAUGGGCUGCUAUUUUGAAUGUGCCCUGUCUUUUUUUGCAGUAUCAUGUUCAUUCAGGUAAUUCAUUCACCACAGAAGCCGGUCUUUGUUUUACUGUGCCUGAGUAGCGAGAAACAGACAGUCAAAAUGGAAUGGAUACCACCAUUACAGAUUUCAUGGUUGUUUCGUAGAUGGGACACAAACCGAAUUGAAUAAGCAGUUAUGCAUGAAUGUGCUGUACACUGUGUGCUUUUGUAUAAGACCACACCUGCUGUCUUCAGUUCUCCUUUGCUAAAAUAGUGUUACUUUAAACAGGUCGCUUUGAGUCCUAAAUGAGAACAUUAAGGUGCCGCGAUGGGUUCUGGGUGCCCCUAUGUCCAUUCUGUUUCAUUCUAUUUCUGUAAGCAGCCGAAUCCUCGUUUAUUGAUGUGCCAAAUCCCAGGUUGCCCGGGUGAUAAUGUUUGUUUAUGGGUGUGUUCCAGGUUGUCGUCACUGCAGCGGUUUUAGCCAUCUCAGAAGAUUUCUAAUCUGUCAUGUGAAUGUUGUUCUUGAAAUAAGGAGGACGACUGCAAUUAGGACGACCUGGAAUGUAACCUGAGUGUUUAUAUUUUCAGUGGGUCAGGUGGGGCCAUGGGGUCCGGGGAGCUCAUGUACUUUUGUAUGGCUUGCGGUAUUGGACUUCCGAGAGCAUAAACAAUAUGCUGUUGACAUCUCAAAUAAACAAAACUCCAAGCUGAUAAA